AGCUGGAAUCAGAUGUCCUACCACGGAUUGCACAGUAAACACGCGUGGAUAUGCAGAGCGCAAACUUUAAUUAUGUAGCCUAUUUGCACAAUAUAUAAACCUUUGGAUUAUGCAAUAAAAUAAGCCGCCGAGAACAAUUAUAUAUCACCGGAUUGAAUGUCUGAGGAAAUUCAGAGUGGUACCAGAGAAAGAGGGGAGCUUCUCAUACACUUUUAGCCGGAGGACUGCGGCUGGAAAGAGAAUGCUGGAGAGAUCCUGUGUAGCGCCCCCUUGUGUGGAUGAGGAAUGACGACGCCCCUUCGAUGAGAGCCAUGGAGCUGAAAGUGUGGGUGGAUGGAGUGCAGCGGAUCGUAUGUGGUGUCACAGAGCUCACCACAUGCCAGGAGGUGGUCAUCGCCCUGGCCCAGGCCAUUGGGCGCACUGGCAGGUACACGUUGAUCGAGAGAUGGCGGGAGACGGAACGCCACUUGGCUCCUCAUGAGAACCCUGUGGUGUCCCUCAACAUGUGGGGCCAGUAUGCCAGCGAUGUGCAGCUGGUUCUCCAGCGCACCGGCCCCUCCCUCAGCGAACGUCCCAACUCCGACGGCACAUCCCGUGUGCCCGAGCGCGGCCUCUACCGCCAGAGCCUGCCUCCUCUGGCCAAGCUGCGCCCGUCGGCCAAUGACCGCUCACUCAAGCGUCGGGAUCCCAAACGUAAGUCCCUCACCUUCACGGCUGGGUCCAAGGGCUUGAGGGAUAUUUUUGGGAAGGGCAGAGAUGCCGAGGCCAAGCAGCAGCAGAGAGCACUGAACCAGGGCAGGGGGGUGGUGUCUGUUCCCCUCAGUCCAGCCCGGGAGCUGGUGUGCCUGGUCCAGCUGCAGAAAGACAAGCUCCAACUACUGGAGAGCCGGUUACAGGGCUGUGAGGCGGAGCUACAUGGCUGGGAAAGCGGUGAUGGUGGUGUGUGCGUCGAGAGUCAGGAGGGCGUCGGUGUGCUGGAGGAGGAGCUGGCGCGUCUGGAGCAGCAGCUGCGGAGGAACGAGGUGGAGAUGUCCGAGGAGGAGUUCUGGCAGAACGAGCUGCAGAUCGAGCAGGAGAGCGAGCGGCAGCUGAGGGAGCAGCUCCAGGAGCUGAUUGGACGGGUGCGGGAGUGUGAAGCCCGGCUGGGGGAGUACCUGACCCGUAUCCAGGGCAUGGAGGCUGGCCUGGAGCAGGAGACUGAGCAGAGCAGGCAGGUGGACGAGGAGGAGGCCCGGGCCCAGCUGGGGAAGUUCAGGGCGGAGCUGGAGCAGCAGGUUCAACACAGUGUGCAGCUAGAGAGCAGCUGCAGGGCUGUGGACCGCUCACUUGGACAGUCCAGCAAGAAACUACAGGAGAAGGAGCAUGAGUUGGAGCAGUUGACCAGGGAGCUGAGACAGGUGAACCUUCAGCAGUUCAUCCAUCAGACGGGCACCAAGGUCACCGUUCUACCAGCCCAGCUCAAUGACCAGAAGAAUAAGACCGACCUCCAGUCAGGCUCACUGAAACGGCUGGGCUCCUCCCGCCUCCUCCCCAGUGACCUCCGGACUCUGCAGAGUCCAGUGUCUUCAGGCCUCAACCCUGAAGGCAUCUACGUCUGACCCCUGACCUUUACCUUCUGCUGGCUACUAUCAGUGACCCUCUGCUGGAGUUGAGUUAGCUUCUCCCCUGGAGGAUCCAUCUCUUAUCAUCUCCAUUGGAGCUCCACCAGAGGAGGCUGGUGGGAGGAGCUAUAGGAGGACGGGCUCAAUGUAAUGGCUGGAAUGGUACCAACCAUUACAAUGAGCACUUGCGCCGGCAGCUCAUCCCACUAGCCUCCUCUGUCCUCCCACAAUGCCAUCCUUCCUUCUCUCUGCUGAGUUUUCUUCAUCUUCCACAAGAACAGAGACCCCCAACAGUUUUGUCAAGACUACAGGAUUUAGAAUGUUUGCCUCGUUUUGGCUGUUCUGCCACUGGUGGAGAGCUCGACCAUGUCCUUGCAUGACUGUUUGAAAAGCAUAGCAUCUUUUGAGGUACAGAAGGCCCAAUUUCAAACAAUGUUUUAGCCUCACCUCUGUGCACUUCUCCAUCUACUCUCAAAGAUUGAGUACCACAACUGAGUAGAUGUGAGAAAUAUGGUAUUAACACCACCUAGCACCCUGUUACCAUCAUAUAGCAAGCGAAUGGUGCACAAUCACAGUCAUGUGAUAACUUAACUAAAGAGUAAACUGCUGCCCCUGGCCAACCAUGAAGAAAUCCAGAUGUUUGUAGGGGUUGAGACUGAAGAAAGUCCCUUGGAGAUCAGGCGAUAUAGAGGAAAUUAAAAUAUCACCUGAAACCAUGAUUUACAAAGACAGAGGUCUCAAAAGUCUAAUGGCCAUUUGUUACAGAAAUAGAAUGGGUCAGAAAACCAUAUUUUACACAUAGGCCACCUUGUGUGAGACCUGUGGUGUGUAGCAGAGCCAUAUCUGACUGCCUUAUUAGAACUAUUUUUCUGUUUUAAAGACUUUAAGAACAGUAAAGGCUGUUAUAACAGAUACUUAUAGACAUGGCAGCUAUGCUCCAGAGAUCUGAUGCACCAUUUAUUGUCAACACAGCAGUCUAGUGACUAAUUGUUGAUCAGUUUUGUGAUGUUUUUUGUGUGACUGAUGUCAAUAGCUGUAGAAUCUGGUCUGCCACUGGGUGGCAGAAUACAUCUCACAAAACAUUUAGCUAGGAUCUUAAUGUUGGUCAUUUCAUAUUGAUUAUACAUGCAAAAAUGUUACAUUAUGCAAUUUAUGUGGUUACUCACUUUCAUCGUUGGAAUCUUUUAGUAUGCUGUAAGUUUACCAUUGCACUUUUACUUUGGAAGGGCCUGUAGAAUUUGUACUUGGUUUUCUUUUCUCAUUUGUAACCUCUUGAAGAAUUGUGGGUUUGUCUGUCUUACAUGGCUAAUCAUGUUUAUGAAGUUAAAAAGAUGUCUCACAUGAACCAAAGCAAGUUAGACAAUGUGAUUGGUAGUGGUCAACCUGAAUGUACUUAAUUUGUUAAAACAGAACAUGCUCUGUAAAUACCUUUACAGGGGCCACUGUAUCUGCCUCCACUUUAAAAGUGAUGCAUUUGUAAUGGUGAGAAUUGUUAUUGGACUGUAUCUGUCAAUAGAUCGAACUCCACUCUGUGGCUCUUCAGCCUCGUGGAGAGGACUGUGUGAGAUAAAAAGUUAUUUGGUUGUGGACUAGUUGAUACCAGGGAACCCACCAACAGCAAAGCCGGUGGAGAGGACUGUGUGAGAUAAAAGGUUGUUAUUUGGUUGUGGACUAGUUGAUACCAGGGAACCCCACCAACAGCUAAGCCGGUGGACACACGUCAAGGUCAACAGGCUGACAUAAAGCUCGUUCCAUUAAGUAUUAUUGAUGUCCUAGUUUGGAUCAUGAAGAAGGGUUGAGUUGUGUCGCCGAAAUGUAAACCACUAACACAAGAACAAUAGCUCUUAACAACUUACACAGCGGAGACUAGCAUGCCUUACUGAAUUGUAAAUAAUCACUACAUAGUAUUGGAAUAUUUUUACAAUAUUUAAAAGAAUGCAUAAUGCUGACAAAGA